UGCACCCUGCUAAACAACAAUGUUAAGAGUGUAAUCCUAUUCACUUUGAAAAACUAUGUGUGUACAUGAGAAAUACAGUUCUAUAGAAAAUUUAAAAAGACUUUUCCUCAAAAACAAUGCAAGAAUAUCCUAUUUCUAAUUAGAUAAGAAACUGAUUAAAUAUAAUCGUUUGAUUGAUUAUUGUCUCGAAUGUUGAGACUGAAGAAUCAAAUCCACUUCUAAAACUGUGAGAAGAUAUUCGAGUAACGCAAUCUCUUGGUCGCUCGAAUAAAGGAAGAAAGAUACGAUUUUUUUGUUAACUUACUAACUUACUUUUUUUAUUAACUAACAGGUGCGGGACUACAAGAUUGUUCAUAUACUUGUAUAUUGCAUUGCAUAUAGCAAUAUACAAAUUAAUGCAAAUUAUUUCUUCCUUACCUUACCUUAAAUAGUGUAAUUAAAUAAUUGUUUAUAGAGAAAAUACUUCUACGCAGCAUGUCGUAAAUAUUAAUUUAUCAGCAGCUCUUUUAAUCGAUACGUGUAAGACUUUAAAUUAUUUACUAAAGCGCAGUUACAUUAUCGAACUGAACUGCGAGAACCGAUCAUGCGUUUAUACUUGAGGCGAAUCGCACGCACAAGUUCAUGCAACUUUAGUGAUACUUUUACCACAAAUACUAUGAGAUACGAAAAUAGGGAAAAAUCCAUCAUAGGAUAUAUUUUAUAUAAAGGCUAUAAACGUUAUUUGAAAGCAAUUUGUCACCUUCUCAUUUUUACUAUAGAUAAUAGAUAACAAUUGAGCGCACAAAUCGAUAUCAUAGACCUUAUACUAUGACUUUUACUUGCCAUAAGAAUACAUUAAAUUAUUACGCCAUUAUUGGGUGAUUGUCCGUGAUAAUGCAUCUAUUUGCAAAAUACGUCUCAUGAAAAAUACAUGGAAAAUAUCGUGGAAUAUCUAAUGAGUAUAAUGCGCAAAGUAUAUCGUGCGAAGCGCUUCUUCUCUCAUUCGUAUGCCGACUCUUAAGGAAGAUGUCCUCUUCUUUGAAGAUAGAAGAUCGCUUUUAUAAGAUCAAUCGAAUUUGCCUAAAAUUUCUCGGAAUAUGGCCGUAUCAGAAUUCGACGAAAUGGACACGCGUUCAGACGACAAUUAUUAGAUGCAUGUAUCUAUCGGGUAUAUUUAUUCAGUUAGGAGUGUUUAUCACGCACGAGUGCAACUUGGACAUAUUGGUUGACGUACUUUCCUUCACUUUUCCGGCUAUAUUUAUCUUAUUAAUGUAUAGCAUUUUUUAUUACAACAUUGAUACUUUUAAGGAACUCUUUGAGAGUAUAUAUCAUGAUUGGAAGAUUUUUAAUACCAAAGCGGAACUUGCCAUAAUAAAUGAUUACGCCAAUACAGUAAAAUUGUUUACGCAAUUCUUUUCAACCUUUACAUGUAUUGCCAUGAUUGUGACCACAAUGAUUCAUGUUAUACCGAUAACUCUCGACAUGAUUUUGCCCCUUAAUGAGAGCCGAGAACAAGGUACACACCUUAUGGUGGAAUACUUCAUUGAUCCUUCCAAGUACCAUAUCCUGAUAGUGUCACACUUGACGCUUUAUAUCUGCUUAGGGGCAAUUGGAGUAAUGGCUAUUGCUCUUACGUUUUUGAGCUUUGGUUUUCACUCUUGUGCAUUGUUGAAACUGACAAACUAUCAUGUAAAAAUCAUGAUGGACCAAACCGUAUUACAGACCCCUAGUCCAAGAAAAGAGCAAGUUAUUUAUGAAAGAAUUGUUUUCGCUAUUGCUGUUCAUCGAAGAGCUUUACAGUUCUGCAAACAAUUUGUCUUGAGUUUAGAGACGUGGUUCUUCGUUAUAACUAUAAUCGGCGUCCUAUCUCUGAGUAUUAAUAUAUUUCGAAUGCUGAAAGCAAUAACAGUCUACAAUUCUGCAAUAGACGUAUUCAUACCGUGCGUUCUCGUUUUUGUUCACUUCUGUUUUAUGUUUUUCGGUAAUCAGAUCGGCCAAAACAUCACAGAUCAUACUACUGAUAUCUUUAAUACAAUAUACCAAUUACCGUGGUACACAGCUAAUUUAAACAUACAAAAAUUAUUGUUGUUUCUAUUGUUAAAAGGUAGCAAAACUUUUUAUGUAACACUGGACGGUCUAAUUAAGGUUUCAUAUGAAUGCUUCACAACGCUUACAACGUCAUCGAUAUCAUACUUCACAGUAAUCUAUUCUUUCCAAUGAAGAUAUUAAAGCUACAACAUAAACAUUUGCAGUUAAUUAUAAAAAUUUGCACCUAGCGACGUCAAAAAUAUUUCAUUUAUCUUGAAGGAACGACAUUUCUUAUAUUUCCCCUGAUACAUAGAUUUUAUUCGUAUACUUUAUUUAUUAAAACAAAUUCACGUUGUUUAUGGAAUUUUUAAUAACUCAGUGAUAAAUUAUUGCAAAAUUAAAAUCAUACACAAGUGCUCGUAUAUUUUAUGCCCAUGCUAUACAUUAUACAUUUUUUUAUACAAAAUGUUAUUAUUAUGUUAUUUAACGUA